CCACUCCAAUAUUGAAAUAACGUUCUUUGGUUGUCCUUGUAUGGCCUACAUAGUUUCCAUCCACUUCAUUAUUUCACAAACAUAAAUGCUGCAAAGAGCACAUUACUCCAAUAUUGAUAGAGCUUGAAAGCAUAGAACCAAAUCGUUAUCCAGUGACAAGGUUUUUUUCACGAUAAACAUUUAGGAAAUGACGUCAACAAUCAGGGGGCACAAUUUUUUUCAAGGGAAAUAAUAAUGUUGUACAUCUCCAAGUAUCCCCUUUUUUAAAACGUAGAAUUUUAACAAAUCCAUCUUGCAAAUUACGAACGAAUCACAAAUUAUUCAAAUCUAUACUUAUUAAUUAUAGUAGGAACUGUCCAUGACUGAGAGAAAGAGAGAGAGAGAAUCACUGGUUGCCGUCGGAAGCACAUUGAGAGGAGAAGGGGUUGGGGGGGGGGGGGCUAAACGAAUUGAAAGACAAAAAAUGUCAAACUUGAAAAAAAAAAACAAGUUAAAAUAAGGUAACCCUUUUAUCGCCACCACUUACCCUUCUCUGUAGUCUGUAUACACUGUAAACUGAUGAAAGAUUUGGGGGGGGGGGGGGGGGGGUGACGAAGCACCAAUAAUAUACGCCUAUAUAACAUAUAUUAAUUCUGCUAAAAAAAAAUUGGGAUGUCUUUGACAGUCAUACGAAUUUUUUUUUCUUAAUACGACACGUUUUAAAAUGAAUAAAUAUCCAUUUGUCUGCGUCUGUUUCACUGCCAAAAAAAAAAAAAAAAAGAAGACCUUGACGUGCGUUUCCCAAGGCCUUUGAGGGAGGAGGGUCGACGGAAUUCAUAUUUGACUAGUGUAUUCCCUGUGAAAGAAAAAGACUUUUCAUUUCGGUACCAUCAAAUAUGACCUAUUGAACUUGGGAGUUUGAUCCACAUUUAAAUAAAAAAACACAUAUAUACAUACACCACACUUUCACCUUGGCCAGAACUUUUGAAUAGUUGUUGCUAUUUUAAUUUUUUGUUUCUUUUUUUGUGUUGAUAUGGAAAGAUGAUACCUCAUUCAUAACUAUUUUUUUUGCAAUGUAUUAUAAAAGGAAUUCACAAUUCCCGGAACUUUUCGCCAAAUAAUUUUUAGAUUUGUAAAAUGCGAUGUAUAAUAACGUUUUCUUUCAAAAAUUGAACUAAGCACUUGUUUUAUCUAGUAUUUUGGGAAAGGUUAAUCAGAAGAAAUGUCACGGGGAAGGGAUGCAAACCCGAUAACUGUAGGGGGCACUACGAUUUUUUUUUAUCAAGCAAAUAAGUUGAUAUGUUAUUCUUUAUAUGACAUUUUUGACACAGGCAUAAAAUACCUAGUUUUGUUUUGACAUCAUAUAAUUAUAUCGGUAUAGGGAGGGGGGUCCCUUCUCUAUGUUUCCUAAGGCCAUAAAAAAUAGAAAAUUACAAGUCACACAGUGUAUGUAGAAUAAAUUCCUAUUCAAUUUUUUUUUCGUGUACAUGCAACCGGAUUUAACUUUUUUUAUUAACAGAAUAAUUUAUUUCUGGGCUCAGAAUUAUGUUGAUUACACUGAAUUCAGCGUUUCUAAGUUCUUCAUGUAUAAAUAAAUAUUGCUCAAGUCAGCCGAGGCUUUUAAGAAAGCAAUGUGUAUGUCUAGUUUUUGUCUGCUAAACUGACCCCAGGUCACUCUAUCUAAACAAUUAGCUUAAAUGUGGCUAUUUUCUGCUAAGCGAUACAUAAUUGCAUAACUAGAUCUUUACAAUAUAUCUCUCAGUGCUGAAGGAAAUAAACAAGAAUGCCCAGGGGCCACAUCGCUCACCUGAACACACCUGCUAGGAAGAAGCACAUAUCAGAUCAGAACUGAAACUAGUCAUGGCUUUGAAGUACUCGAGAAUAUAUUUUUAAUAAAAGAUUUCCAUAUAAAUUCCUAAGUAAAACUUUUAUCCGCAAUUUUGGCCUCCCCCUCCCCCCAGGGGGUCAUUAUUUAAACAAACUUGAAUCUACACUACCAAAGGAUAAUUUCGCAUGAGUUUCAUCUUUCCUGGCCCAGUGUUUCUUGAGAAGAUUUUAAAAGUUUUCCUUACAUAAUCCUAUGUAAAACUUUGAUCGGCCAUUUUGGCACCACCCUAUCCCUGAAUUUCCUAAAUAUUUGUAUGUACAAAUUGGAUACCCCAUUGUGGCCCACCCUACCCCUUGGGUCAUAAUUCUAACAACCUUAUAUCUAUACUACCUGAGCAUGUUUCCCUACAUAAUCCUAUGUAAAACUCCGAUCUUCCGUUUUGGCCCCAGCCUAUCCCUGAAUUUCCCUAAAUAUUUGUAUGUAAAAAUUGGAUACCCCAUUGUGGCCCACCCUACCCCUGAGGUCUUAAUUUUAACAAUCUUAAAUCUAUACUACCUGAGCAUGUUUCCAUGCAAGUUUCAUCUUUCCUGGCCCAGUGGUUCUUGAGAAGAUUUAAAAGAUUUUUCCUAUAUACAUGUAUUCUUAAGUAAAGGGGACAGGAAACAAGAGUAUAUUUACUUUUGGCCUAAUAAAAAUUUUAAAAAAAUUUUAGAACUUGAACUUAAUUCUGUUUACUGAAUUGAAUCUCUAGAAAACAAAGUCCAAGAGGCAUAACUUUGUCCAAAAUGGCCAAUAGUACCCAAAAUAGAUCUUAACCUAGAUAUCCGUAUGAUGAAUUAUUCAAAAUUCUAUUUCUGACACAUCUGAAAAACAAGAGGCCCAUGGGCCACAUCGCUCACCUGAGAAGCUUUGACCAUUCUGUUCUUUACUAGAUUUCCCCCUUGUAAUACAUAUUGUGACCCCACUGAUCAUAAUUUAGACAAUUGAAUUUGAAAUCUACACUACCCCUGGAUGCUUCCACAUAAGUUUCAGCUUUUCUGGUGCAAUGAUUCUUGAGAAGAAGAUUUUCAAAGAGUUUUCCUAUAUAUUUCUAUGUAAUACUUAGAUUUCCCAUUGUGGCCCCAACCUACCCCCGUGGGUCAUGAAUUGAACAAUUUAGAAUCUUCAAUACCCAAGGAUGCUUCCACAUAAGUUUCGCCUUUUCUGGCCCAAUGGUUAUUGAGAAGAAGAUUUUUCCUAUAUUUUUCCAUGUAAAACUUUGAUUCCCCAUUGUGGCCCCGCCCUACUCCUGGGGGUCAUGAUUUGAACAAUUUAGAAUCUACACUACCCAAGGAUGCUUCCACAUAAGUUUCGGCUUUUCUGGCCCAAUGGUUAUUAAGAAGAAGAUUUUCAAAGAUUUUUCCUAUGCAUUUCUAUGUAAAACUUUGAUUCCCCAUUGUGGCACCGACUUAUCCCCAUGGAUCAUAAUUUGGACAAUUUAGAAUCUACACUACCCAAGGAUGCUUCCACAUAAGUUUCAGCUUUUCUGGCCCAGUUGUUCUUGAGAAGUAGAUUUUCAAAGAUUUUUCCUAUAUAUUUCAAUGUAAAUCUUUGAUUCCCCAUUGUAGCCCCGCCCUACCCCCAGGGGUCAUGAUUUGUACAAUUUAGAAUCUACACUACCCCAGGAUGCUUCCACAUAUGUUUCAGCAUUUCUGGCCCAGUGGUUCUUGAGAAGAAGAUUUUCAAAGAUUUUUCCCUAUAUAUUUCUAUAUAAAACUUUGAUUCCGAAUUGUGCCCUUGCCCUUCCCCCGGGGGUCAUGAUUUUUACAAUUUAGAAUCUAAACUACCCCAGGAUGCUUCCACAUUAGUUUCAGCUUUUCUGGCCCAGUGGUUCUUGAGAAGAAGAUUUUUUAAUGACCCACCAUAUUUUUGUCUUUUCUAGAUUAUCUCCCCUUGUGAAGGGACUUGGCCCUUCAUUUUAACAAUUUAAAGUUUGGUCAAAAUUGGCCCAGUGGUUCUUGAGAAGGAGUCGAAAAUGUGAAAAGUUUACGGACAGACAGACGGAUGGACGGACAGACGGACACAAUGUGAUCAGAAAAGCUCACUUGAGCCUUCAGCUGAGGUGAUCUAAAAAGAACAGAUAUGAAUGGUAGAUCGACAGACAGCUGCAAAGCAACACGCCUUCUUUCCUUCAAAGAGAGGCUUAUAAAUAUGAAAUGUAAUAGUAAAACUAAUAGUUAUUUAGUGAAAGUUAACAAGUUAAUGUAAAUUAAUCCAUAAUGACUAUACGUCCGUGUACAAAGGUUAAGUGCAUGUUCUAUUGUAUAUUAUUUAUACAUGUAUGUACAAAGAACAGAUACACUCACCACCAACACAGACACGUUUAAAUAUCAUACCCAGUACACCUGUAUGCUCAACAAGUGCAAAACAAACAAUCUUUAUCAAACAUUUAACAAAAAUUAAAUGAAUUUGCAUGCAUUUUUUUUUCUCCAAAAAUUAGUUAAUGGCAACAAAAAUUGGAAUUUAAAUUCAGAUAACAGAAUAAACAACUUCGAAUGAAAUGCAUAGGCGUCCAUGACACCCCCUUCCUCUUUCCAGAAUUUUGAAUAUAAGUAAAGGUUGAUGUAUUGCUGUAUACAGGAUCAUUUGCAGUAAUUUUCUUUAGAAUUUAAACAAUUUAGAUUAGAUGGAUCUUUGUUUUGUGAUUUUUCAACUUUGAAUGAAGCAUUAUGUAGAUCAAUAUGAAUUGUAUGGAAAUGUGUUGCAAACAGAAAUUUAGCAAUACUGUAUACAGGGUUAUUUUCGCCCCGUGUUAUUUUCGCCCUUUUGUGCUUGCCGACAAUUUAGCCCCGUUUUAAUUUCGCCCAGUCAUAGUUCUCUUUAAGAAAUUAUGCUGUUUAAUUUGAGUUCGCCCCGUUUUAAAUUUGCCCAAUCAAGAAGAGGGCGAAAGGGGCGAAAUUAAAACGAGGGCGAAAAUUUCCCUGUAUACAGCAACUGUUAUUGAUCACAAAAAUAAAUAUAAUGGAAUUUGAUCUUGUGGCCUGAACAAAGAUAAAAAUUCAACAUAUACUGUAUGCAGGGAAGUUUUCACCCUAUUUUUUCCCUCUUUGCCCUACCCUUAUUUGGAUGAAUUAUAAACAGGCCUAUGAAGUUACUAUAGCAAAUCCUAUCACCUCUCUCUCUCUCUCUUUCUCUUUUAGGACAGUAAUUAUAAAUCACAAGUGUUCUAAAAUCUCCUAAUAAGGUUUCCUCAUUCUUAACUAUUGAGAACGAUUUAGUAAAUAUGGACAGGGGCAAUUGAUUCAAUCUGUAAAAUUAUAAUACCCCCCCCCCCUUCUCCUUUUGUCAGCUUAAAUUUCGUAUGUACUAAGGCCAUCGUUAAAUUUAGCUUGUAGCUGAAUGUCUCGCAUUUUUUUUCUUUCAGGCAUGAUCAAUUCUGGCAUGGGACCAAGCCACGUCAAUUCAUUCUUAACAGCCUGCGAUAUUCCACCCAUCGACCAUAAAACCAUCGCAAAAAAGGAAAAUAUCAUAGGCGAUAUUAUAGAAAAGGAGGCCCAGAAAUCCUGCACAAGGUCGCUGCAGAAGGAAGUGCAGAUGUCUGACACACUGGAGUGCAGCUAUGAUGCUGGUUGGCAGACCCGUGGAGCAGGGUGGAACUACAACAGCAUUUCAGGGCAUGGGACACUGAUUGGGAAGCAGACAGGUAAAAUCCUGCAGUACGAGAUCCGAAGCAAAAGCUGCAGUGUUUGUGAUCACCAUGGAGAAGGUGUGAUACCAGUCCAUCAGUGUUCAAAAAACUGGGAUGGAUCCAGCAAGGCCAUGGAGCCUGAUAUGGCAGUGUCCAUGCUGCAUAAAAUGAAAGACUGCGGCCACCCAGUACAAGUUAUCCAUGCUGACAAUGACUCCACCACUCUAUCUACGCUAAAAUUGGACUUCCCUGAACUACAGAAGAAAGAUGACAAAAAUCAUAUAAAAAAAGGAAUAUCUAAAAAGCUUUAUGCAUUAGCUGCAAAAUGGAAGGAACUAAAGUCACAAUCAUCAGUAAUACCAUACCUGGUUAGAUGCUUUAUGUACACCCUGUCCAGGGCUAGAACAAGCGACGAUGUUCGAGAAGGUCUAUCACAGAUUGUACCUCACGUUUUUGGUGACCAUGCGAUGUGCAGUGACUGGUGUACUUUUAAAAAAGAUCCAGAUUUCAGGUUUAAACACCUACCAAAUGGGCAGCAGCUCAAAGCAGAUGGUCUAAGACAGGCCCUUGAAGAAAUGGUUGAAACCUACAAAAAGAGAGCGGAUCAACUGGUUAAUAUGGGGUCAACCCAAUCAAAUGAAAACUUCAACUUCGUUGUUUCCAGCAAAGCUCCAAAGAAUAGAUGUUAUGGGCGAUCACGAUCCUUAACGCAUAGGGUAUCUGCUGCAGUUCUACAAAAAAAUGAAGGACAUACUUGGAUUAAUAAGGUAUGUCAAACUGCAUCACUAUCUCCUGGACACUAUUCAAACAUUCUUGGCAAACGUUUGGACAGAAAACGCCUCUGGCAAAACACACGUCAAAAGCUAAUAAAAACUAAAAAGAGACGUCUGGAACUAAAGAAAAAGAAAUCCUCAGCUGCUUCUCUGAGCACAGUGCGAGAGGGUACAAUUUAUUCCGAAAAUAUUGAACUCAGUUCAUCAGAGGUAAAUACCUGCAUCAUUCCAUCAAGUCCAAAACUGAAAGGAACAGAGAACUUUAUUCACUUUGACUUAGAGACAACUGGACUGGAACGUACCUCCGAUAUUGUUCAAUUAUCUGCUGUGUGUGGAACAACCGUCAUGAACAGAUAUGUAAUGCCCAGAAAGAAAAUGUCCCUUGCUGCUAGUAAAGUAACCGGAAUCAGAGUCUCUCUACACGACAACCAAAUGUUCUGCAAAGGUGAGAAAGUCGAAAGUGUUACCAUUCAAACAGCUCUCCUGGACUUUAUCGAGUUUUUAAAAGGCUUUGAAAAUCCUGUGUUAGUUGGACAUAACAUUUUGAGUUUUGACAUUCCUGUCCUUCUUCACAAACUUUCAGAAUUUCAUCUCAAGAAAGAAUUUCUUUCAACAGUCCAUCUCUGCAUAGACACACUGAAAUUAGCAAGAAGAUUAUUCAAAAAGGACAUUGUGGGAAAUUAUAAGCAGCAAACCCUAGUUUCAGUCCUCUUGAACAAGGAAUAUGCAGCUCAUGAUGCAAAGGAGGAUGUUAUGCUCUUACAGGAACUUUUUUUGGGAGUACUCAAAGACAAACUGUCUAAAAAUGAUUUGUGCAGUAUCGAUUUCAAGGACCUAUUCGCAACAUUAACACCGUUAGUUGAAAACAAGUGUGUUUCUUCAGUGAAUGCCAGAAAACUUGCACAGCAAGGUAUUGGUCUUUUCCAUUUGCAGAUUGCAGAGCAGAGAGAUUCAUCUUCAGGCAUUGAAACUAUUCUUAUAGGUGCAUCUCUGAGCAGAAAAGCAGCAUUGAAAAUCUGUCAGUAUUUGAAGAGAGAACAAUAAUGUGUUAAAAAUUACUGGAGCUAAUGAGCAUGAUUUUAGGACUCAAUCUUUUCAUUGUUAUGAAGUAUAUGAAAUACUGAUACUUUUUUCUAUGUGAAUGUUAUCGUGGUACUGAUGGCUUGACAUGACUGCUUAUUUCGUUUUUGUCAAGAUUGACAUAACAUAUGGCAUUGCAUGUGAUUGUUGGUUUUUAUUUAUAAUCAAAAUACACAUUGUAUCAGUGAGCUACAUGUAUUCUUAUUAUGCGCAACAAUUAACAUUUUAUAAUCACUCUAGUAUUUUUGUUAUGGAUAAUUGUUAAAGGAAUGUUCUGGAUAACCAAGUUGUCUUUCAAAUUGUGCCACUACCUGGUAGUUUUACCCAGCUGAAACUAUGAAUGUACUGGCCAAAUUAUUCUUUGGAGAAAAUAUUUAGGACAUAUUUAGUUAGAAUUGCUUCCAAAAUGUACCUCCUAUUUUAAAAAAGUACCUCCUGUUUCUUAUCUUUUUAUCAUAUUUUUACUUAGAGUUUUAAUGUCCUAUCAAAACUAGAAAAGUGUCAAUGGAUAGAGAAAGAGAAUUGUGUAAGCUACAUGUACAUGUAAGUUAUACUACAGUUAAUAUGGUUAAAACUUUAAAGGCUCCUUUCAUAAUAAGACUUUCCAGCUUUCUGUUAUCUAGGUCAUUUUUGUACUUUUGAUUAAAAUUGGCUUAAUAUUAUC